AUCACAUAAAAUUAGAAAUAAGGAAGACAACCAGCUAAAUCAUUGAACUCAUGUUUGGUUCAAUCACGUAAGACUAGAAAUGUGAAGGAAAACUGAUAUGAAAUAUUAAAGAACUAGCUAGAUCAGACGACUUCUUCAGUGAAAAUACAGUUUUCUUGGUAUAAAGCUUUGUUGAGCAGCACGGUAUUGGGGGUUUCAAAUCCAAAUCUAAAAUGGCGGCAGAACAUUAGUAAUUCUGUAUAGCAGAAGCCAUCACAAUCGAUGGCGCCAUUCCCUUGCGUAUCAUCAUCUAAUACUCUUUCAAGAAAUGUUACCCACUCUUUCCAUUCUCUAAAUAGAGAUGGUCUGCAACACCAUUAUAAAAAUAAAGCCGUUGCUUCUUUAACGAAAGGUAGCAGACACGGAUCAAGUCCUUUCAAAUACAAGGUUUUUCUCAAUCUCGCCGUAGACGAAGCGAAUUUGCUUGAAGUCCACGCCACAGACAGUACUAAGAAACCUAUGGCAAUCUCUGUGGCGGCUGCAUUAGCUGCGACUCGAACCGAGAACGAUGAAAUGGGUUUUGAUAGUUACAGAGGUAAGAAGAAAAAUAUUUGCCUCUUCUACUGUGCAGAAACCCACGAUCUCGCUUGCCGAAUCGCUGCCGAGUCUGACACAAUUGAACUUCGAUCCAUCACAUGGAGGACUUUUGCUGAUGGGUUCCCCAACCUCUUCAUUUCAAAUGCCCAUGGUAUCCGAGGACAACAUGUAGCUUUUCUAGCCUCAUUCAGCUCUCCUGGUGUCAUUUUUGAGCAGCUUUCCAUCAUUUAUGCCUUGCCCAGGAUGUUUGUGUCAUCUUUUACUCUUGUUCUGCCAUUCUUUCCUACUGGAUCUUAUGAGCGCAUGGAGGAGGAGGGAGAUGUGGCUACAGCAUUCACUCUCGCUAGAAUUUUGUCAAACAUACCCAUUUCUAGAGGUGGACCAACAAGUUUGGUCAUCUUUGACAUUCAUGCAUUGCAGGAGAGAUUCUACUUUGGGGAUAAUGUCCUGCCAUGCUUUGAAAGUGGCAUUCCAUUGCUUAAACAUCGGCUUUAUGAACUUCCUGAUUCUGAGAACAUAAGCAUAGCUUUUCCAGAUGAGGGUUCUUGGAAACGGUUUCACAAACAGCUGCAGCACUUUCCUACUGUUAUCUGUACAAAGGUCCGGGAAGGUGAUCAACGAUUUGUACGUCUCAAGGAGGGUAAUCCUGCAGGCCGACAUGUUGUCAUAGUAGACGAUCUAGUGCAGUCUGGUAGUACCCUUAUUGAAUGUCAGAAAGUAUUAGCUGCGCAUGGUGCUGCAAAAGUUAGUGCAUAUGUUACACAUGGUGUCUUUCCAAACAGAUCAUGGGAACGGUUUCAACAUGACAAUGGAGUGGGUCCAGAAAAUGGCUUUUCAUACUUCUGGAUCACAGACUCUUGUCCUCUCACAGUAAAGGAGGUAGUUGGCAGGCCACCCUUUGAAGUGCUCAGUUUAGCAGGGCCAAUUGCUGCCGCACUUCAGAUUUAGAAUCAUAGGCAAAGCAGGUAUUAUUUGCACUUGUCAUCUUGUUGAUAAACGUUGAUUCUUCUAGGAGUAUUCAGCUGCACAUAUUGAAUUAUACUAGUUGGAAACUGAGCCUUCAAUCACAUACAGAGCUUAGCUACCAUCUCGCUAUUCAUUCUAUUCAUACAUGUAGUUUAAUCAAAUUGAUAUUAUAGUUCUGAAAAUAUACUGGUUACACAGUACAGGCUUGCAUGAUUUUGGACUUGUGCUUUCUCACCAAGAUGAGGGUGAUUUGCAUCUUUCUUUAUCAAGUCUGAAGACUAAGCUAGCCAAUUGCCACUGUACUUGUGGAUUUGAAAAUCUUGGUUAUAAUUUUCUGUCAGGAUCUUCUGUAUUUCUUGAUAUUCAUUCAUAGAGUGGUUUCCAAAUCAUUUGUGGUCAUUUAUAUUUUUGGGACUCCUGAAAGUGGUAUCAAGUUCAGAAGACUUUGAUAUGUAGAUGCCAAAUCUCUGUUUGGACGAUUAGCCAGUUUGCUGCAGUCCUAUGAUCUUCUUCACUUGAAAUAAUAUGGUAAGAACAAGUCCUGUUCAAUGCAUAAUCUGUUUACAGGUCAUGAUUACAACAGAAGAUAUUGAAAAUUUCUGAAAUGAUAAUUCUGCAACCAUUCACUGGAAAGGGAACUGUACCAGGAAACACUUAUUUUUUGCUUCUUACCAUUCUGAACGAAUAAACUUUUCUGUUUA